AUGAUGCAGUGUAAUUUAAAUAUUAAAACGUCUUCUGCAUUCUCAAAAGCAACAAAAGAAAUCAAAGAGAAAUUAAACUUCAAUGAGUUUCUGGUAAACUUGAAAAUUAAAAACCUUAGAGCAGCAGGGAUUUUGAGACAUAAGGGCCCUCUACAAUAUUUUCUUCUACCAUUGCAAUCUUCAUCUCCUAGGACAGGAGAAGGGCAAUGGGCUUCAGAUCCAUCCGUUUUAAAUGCGGCUGUAAUUUUAAAGAAGUUUAGUUUACAACUUCUGAUUGAUAAAUGA